GCGGGGCGGGCGGGGGCGGCUCGGGGGGUUCCGGCGCAUCCCGGCGUAUCCCGGUAUUCCCGGUGUGUCCCUCGCCGUCAUGUCGGCCCUGGAGAAGCAGCUGCACCUGGGCCGCCUCUCGCCGCGGCCCCCGUUGCCUGGUGGCGGCGGCCAGUCCGGCUCCAAGAUGCGCAUGGGCCCUGGAAGAAAGAGGGAUUUUUCACCAGUGCUUUGGAGCCAGUACUUUGAAUCUAUGGAGGACGUGGUGGUGGAAAACGACACUGGCAAGGAUACUUUUCGAAUUUACAAAAGCGGGUUGGAGGGGCCUGUCCUGCUGCUGUUACACGGUGGAGGCCACUCUGCCCUGUCCUGGGCUGUGUUUACUUCUGCAAUCAUUAACAGGAUCCAGUGUAGGAUCGUGGCUUUGGAUCUCCGAGGCCAUGGAGAAACAAAAGUUAGGAAUCCUGAAGAUCUGUCUGCAGAGACUAUGUCCAAAGACGUUGGGAAUGUGGUGGAAGCUCUGUACGGGGACCUGCCCCCGCCCAUCAUGCUGAUAGGGCACAGCAUGGGGGGGGCCAUCGCGGUGCACACGGCGGUGGCAAACCUGGUGCCGAGUCUGCUGGGGCUGUGCAUGAUCGAUGUCGUGGAAGGAACAGCCAUGGAUGCAUUGAACAGCAUGCAGAACUUCCUGAGAAGUCGUCCCAAAACUUUCAAGUCACUUGAAAAUGCCAUUGAGUGGAGUGUAAAAAGUGGACAAAUAAGAAAUCUCGAAUCUGCCAGAGUUUCUAUGGUCGGUCAAGUCAAACAGUGUGAAGGGGCUGCCAGUCCCGACUGUCCUAAAGCCAUAGUGGAGGGAAUUAUUGAAGAGGAGGAGGAGGAAGAGGAUGAGGAUGAGGAAGGGGGAGGCUCUGUCAACAAAAGGAAGAAAGAAGAUGACACAGAGACAAAGAAGGAACAUUUAUACACGUGGCGGAUUGAACUGGCUAAAACAGAGAAGUACUGGGAUGGCUGGUUCAGGGGUUUAUCCAACCUCUUCCUGAGCUGUCCCACUCCAAAGCUCUUGCUUUUAGCUGGUGUUGACAGGCUGGAUAAAGAUCUGACCAUUGGGCAGAUGCAAGGGAAGUUCCAGAUGCAAGUCCUCCCACAGUGUGGCCACGCAGUCCAUGAAGAUGCUCCAGACAAGGUUGCUGAAGCUGUUGCAACAUUUCUGAUCCGUCACAGGUUUACAGAGCCCAUCGGAGGAUUCCAGUGUGUGUUUCCUGCUUGUUAAUAUCCUGGUGUUCUCCAGCACUGAUUCCUGUUGUAAAUAAACUGCACCAGAGGCCACUGUGAUGUAUCCAUAUGCUCUCAUCUCCCAGCCCAGCAGCAGUGGGAAGUUGGUGUGAGAUUCAUCCCCUAGAACUAGUUCUCCAGUCUAAAUUCUUAGGGACUUCCUUGCUGGGAAGCAGCUUCUACUGAAGACCAUGAAAAGCUCUUCAGGCCCUUGGGAGUGGGAUCCUCCUCUCUGCUGCCACAAGGAAAGACCUCCUGGAACCCCAAGUAGUCGAUCAGACCAAUCUCCAUGAAUUCUCAGGCUCUCUUGGACCCAACUGCAGAAGGGCCGUGGACAGUCCAGAUCCACCAAAGGCUUUGCAGAGCAGCCAAAGGCUUCGGGAUUUCUCUGUGGAAUCGUCUUGGAAGUGCCCCUUAGGUUUGGGUUUUAUAUAUACACAUUUUCGUUCCCCCAAAGCAGAUGAGGAUUUGGCUUUGUUGAGAGCUCAGGUUUCAUCUCACCAACACCAGCUUUAGCGGUUAAGGUGUGGGAAGAGCCUAGAGGACACUUUGCUGGGAAAAGUUGGAUGGGAUUGUAUCUCAAAAAGGUGAGGGGGAGCCGUGAGCUCCGUUUCAGUCCGGCAGUUUUCUUAGCACUUUUUUCAAGUCCUUUCUGGGAAGAAUAGCCUGGAUAACUCCAUUUACUGCAGACACAUCCCACAAAGGGGAUGCUGGGCCUGCGCUGAUGGGACAGACCCAAGAGCAGCAGGAACAACACGACCAACAGGUUGUUCCUGCCCCGGCACCUGUUUGUGCUUCCCUUUUUAUAGCUGCCACACACAGCUAAGCAUUGCUCAGCACCGUUGGAAUGCCUGUAGGUGAAACCCUGGGAGAGCUUAGAGUCAGUCCUGCUGAUGUGGAUGCAGAGGUGAGGCAGCUGCUCCCUCCAGAAUUGGAAGAAGGACCUUGUUUCCACUGUCACUUCCUGGAUCAUUUUGCUGCCUGCCCUCCGGAAUUCCAUAUACACAGAGAGCUUUUCUUCAGGGAUAAAUUAUCCCUAGACAGAAUCACUCGUGAGUGUAAGAGCAGUCAUAUUUUGGAGCAGUUUUCCUCGAUAUUUUUCCAGUGGAUAUCUGAAAUCCCUUUUUUCCUGCCUGGCGUCCAUCACCCUUUGCUGCUGUAGGAUGAUUUUUGUGAUUUGGGAGCUGCCAUUUGCAUCCAUGUGUAUAUCCCAUGACAAGAGCUAUCAGGAAUUCUUGGUAUUUGAGAGAGGUGCAGGUGGGGCAAAGGGUUUAACUUUGAACCUGGUGGAAAUCCACUUGUAUGAUUCACUGGCCACAGGAGUCCUGGCCUUGCUUCUAACACAUCAGGAUGGGAAAUGCCUGGGAUAGGGACAGGAAAAGCUCAUUCCAGAGAGCUCUUCUCCCUCCUGGCACUUUGACCAUCAGGUGAUUAAAGGGAAUUGCUGGUUCCCAACACUUCCCUCUGUAAGUCACCACGUGAAUGAUUGCAUUAAUUUCCUGUGGCCAUGAUGUCCAACCCUGUUCCUUAUGGAUUCAAUGGAUCUUCAAUAAUUGAGAUGCAAGAUAACACCUUCCCCAGACAUAUCCUGUAAAUUGGCAAAACUCUCUUUUCCAGGUGACUCUUUUGUUCAAAUUGUUUGGAAUUAAAUAAUACAGUGUGUGCAUCCAGAGUCUCACUUCCUGACGUAAUUAAGCCUGUGUUCAUAAUCCUGAGUGAUCCUGAUGAAUUCACAUUCCUCCUUUGGACGUUAACUUGGAGAAUCCAAGGGAUUCCUCGCGUUAUCUCCUUCGUUUAUGAGAUCUGAAAAAUAAAUCCCAACCACACCGAACACUCUGUGGAAAGCAAAUCCAUGCUGGAUUCUCUACAAGCACCACUGGAAAAAGGAUGACUUUUGGAAUCCUGUUGAUGAGGCCUAUGGGGCCCAUUUGGCCUGUAGGGCCUGUGAGGCCUUUGAAGCCUGUGGGGCCUGUGUGGCCCACAGGGCUGGUGAGGCCUUUGAAGUCUGUGGGGUUUGUGUAGUCUAGGGGGCCUGUAUGGCCCUAUGGGGCACGUGAGGCCUGUGGGGCCUUUGCGGCCUGUGGGACCGUAGGAUUCUGGUUUGUUGUUUAACAUUGGAGAGGUGAGUGAAAAGAAAAUAAAUGUUUCAACAGCCUAUUUAAUGGUGCGUCGCUCUGUGCUGAGCUCCCAGCCCUGCCUUGCCUGGAAUUAGGUGGGAAUAGUUCAGGAACUGGUGCUGGAUUU